GGCACGCCAUACAAGCUCGACCAAACGCAGACUCUCCGCGCCUCCACCGCUCUCCUUCGCAAGAUCCAAAGCGACGAAGUCGAGCGCAAAGCCAACGCUGCCAACCCCAACCUCCUCGCCGACGCCGACGAUGCAGACGCCGAAGACCAAGUCCCCGUCUGGCUUGUACUGACCACGAAAAAGCACGUCGUGGACAAGAAACGCUUGAAACCGGGCAAAAUCCCGCUGCCGCAUCCCUACCUCGACAUCAGCGACGAAACUUUGAGGGUAUGCCUCAUCACGGCGGACCCGCAGCGCAAGUACAAAGACCUCAUAUCGCAUCCUGCGUUUCCCGUUGAAUUAGGAAGCAGAAUUAAGAGGGUAUUAGGCCUGGAGAAGCUGAAAGCGAGGUACAAGUCCUUCGAGUCAAGAAGGCAGCUGCUGGGAGAGUACGAUGUGUUCCUCGCCGACGACAGGGUGAUCACAUACCUGCCGCAAGUCCUAGGCAAGGUCUUCUACAAAGGCGGCAGCAAGAGACCCAUUCCCGUGAGCUUGGAGGGCAAGAGGCAGAAUGUCGACGAGCAAGGCGCUAAGAGGCGCAAGCUGAGUGAAGGCGGCACCAAAGUCGUCAAAGCGGAAGUCAAGCCACAGGAUGUCGCACGCGAGAUUGAGAAGGCCGCCAGCAGCGCGCUUGUACACCUCGCGCCUAGCACUACGACAGCGGUGAAAGUGGGACGCGCGACCAUGCAGCCGGAGCAGUUACAGGCGAAUGUGGAGGCGGUGGUGCAAGGAUUGGUGCAGAAGUACGUGCCGCAACAGUGGCGCAAUGUACGGUCUGUGCAUAUCAAGGGCCCGAACACGGCUGCUUUGCCGAUUUGGAUGGCGGAGGAGCUGUGGGCGGAUGAGCAGGAUGUGCUGGACGAGCCG